AUGUCUAUGCGGUUGGCCAAAUCUCUCUCGGGUGCUGCACGCCUCCGACCCACCACCUCCCUCCUCCCCCGUUUGACCGUGGCCGCCCCAUCCGUCCGCUUCCAGUCCACCACUCCCCCGGCUUCUGUGGACCCAAAGACAAAGGCCCAAUCGAUCCUCGACUCGCUCCCCGGCAACUCCCUCAUCAGCAAGACCGCCAUUCUCUCCUCGGCCGCCGGUGUCAGCAUCUGGGCCAUCUCUAACGAACUCUACGUCGUCAAUGAGGAGACCAUCGUCGCCUUCUGUCUGUUGAGUGUCUUCACCGCGAUCGCCAAGUACGGAGGACCUCUCUACAAGGAAUGGGCCGACACACAGGUCGCCAAGAUUAGGGACAUCUUGAACAGCGCCAGAGCGGACCACACCCAGGCUGUGAAGGACAGAAUUGAUAGCGUUGGGCAGAUGGGAACUGUUGUGGAGGUUACAAGGGACUUGUUCGCGGUUUCCAAGGAAACUGCUCAACUCGAGGCCAAGGCCUUUGAGCUCGAACAGAAAACCACCUUCGUGUCCGAGGCUAAGUCAGUCCUCGACUCCUGGGUCCGCUACGAGGCUCAGGUUAAGCAGCGCGAGCAGAAGGAGCUCGCUGAGACCUUGAUUGCCAAGGUCAAGAAGGAGCUCGAGAACCCUAAGGCCCUCCAGCAGAUUCUGCAGCAGAGCAUUGCUGAUGUUGAGAGAAUUAUCGCUGCCGGAAAGGCCUAA